UGUCGGGUUCACACUUCUGCUCGUAUUCUUCAUUCCAUUCCUCGCUGUCUCCGUCUGCUACACUGGAAUCACGCUUGUUGUCUGGAAGCACUGGCGGGAAAGCAAAAAUCUUACAGAAAUGAACUCCAUAUUGGAAGAUUCAACUUUUAAGCCAUGUCAUAAAACUAAAAACAGUGGUUUACUACCAAAAGCCAGAAUCCAAACAAUAAAGAUGACUUUGAUAAUAUGCUUUGCGUUCUUUAUUUCCUGGCUGCCGGCCACAGUGUUUCACAUCUUGGACGUUUAUCAAAUCAACAUGCUAGAUUUUCGUUACUACAUCGUGCUGCAGCGCUUAUAUCCCCUCAACAGCGCGUGCAAUCCAGUCAUAUUCUUGUUCUUCAGCAGGAAUAUUUUACCGUGCGGGUCACUAAAGUCUUCGGAAACGACGAGAGGUUAUGACAGUGUUGACACCACAAACACCACAUCAUGA